AGAACGUUUAUUCGAAUGUUUUAUAUUGUUAAAACUAUCUCCAAGCAGAGAGUACCACGAACAGGCUGGGUGUACAGGAAUGUAGAGAAACCAGAGAGUGUAUCAGAUCAUAUGUACAGGAUGGCAGUCAUGGCUUUGGUAACUGAAGAUAAACAACUUAAUAAAGACAGAUGUGUACGGCUAGCUCUGGUUCAUGAUAUGGCUGAAUGCAUUGUUGGAGAUAUAGCACCUGCAGAUAACAUCUCCAAAGAGGAGAAACAUCAGCGAGAGGAGGCAGCUAUGAAACAUUUGACCCAGCUGCUAUCAGAAGGUCUGAGAAAAGAAAUCUAUGAACUCUGGGAAGUAAGUAUAAAUCACUUGAUGCAUUUAUUCCACAUUAUUGCUGACAACAGGACCAACCAAUUGUCUUAUUUUCAUGGUGUUUGGUGCCUAGUGAAGUUCAUAAUCUUUAUUCUAAAAUCUUUAGAGCAAGAUGGGUUUGGAAUUGUUCUUUGGGGGUACGUUUGUAUGGCAGCAACUUUCUGAACUCUUUUUCAUAAAGGAAACAAAAUAAUUCGGUAUAAUGACCGAAAUUGUGCUCUUAUACCUGUGUAGCCCCACUGCAUUCGAGGGAUUGAUUUACAUAACAGGGUGGGAUUUGGCCCAGUAUGUGUAUUUACCUGGUCAGACAGUGCUGUUCCAUAAGCAACAUAACCUUAAAAAGGACUAUGGUUUUAACUUCGACAGUGUCUUAAAUGAGAAUUUCAACUAAAUGAAAUAUGAAUUGGGAAGUAAUACAGUGAAAUAAUAGGUGGUAUUUGAAUUAAAUUAAAAUAUGGAUUAAAUUGAAAAAUGACCAUGUUGACCUGAAAAUAUCUUACCUUUAUACUAGAGAAUCUGUUAUACAUACAGAGGUGAUAUGUUAGAAUAUUGUUGUGACGGGUUGGAUCACAGAAACCCCCUUGGGAGCUGCCACCCGAUGUGCAAAGACUA